ACGGGCAACAAGUGCCAAAGUGCCAAGCGAACGAACAAACGGGCAGAGCAGCAAGACCGGUAAAAACGGCUAAACAGCAUCAAGCGUCAAGUACCAUUUUUAUUUGUGGCAUCAAUCAUAAUCAGUUUAAGGCUGUGCAAGUAGUGCUGGUCAAGAGGAAAGCUCCAAUUUUUCCUUCACGAAACGGAACCGGAAGUUGUUAUUGUGUUGUUGCCAGUCAACAAAACAACAAAUUAGACGAAAAAAAAAGAGAGAAACAAAACUAAAAAGUGCAUAUUAAUAUAAAUUUCAAGCUCGAACCGUUAAAAUGAUUGAAUGAUUUUUGUACCGCGCAAUUUUGCCCCUAUUAGUUUUUGAAUUAACUCGCCAAGAAAAGCCGCAGGGCGAGUGUGGUUCGUUUGUGUCGAAGUGUGUGUUUGUGUGGUUUGACGGAACGUCAAUAGUUUUACACGCGACUUACAGUUAAAACUGCGGCCGAACUGGAAAUUUAAAAGCACGCAUCGACAUCGUCUCGAAUAUGGGUCCUCUGCUCGUUUUCUUCCUGUAUAUACUUCAAUUGCAAGCAUCGAUACGCAGUGAAAUCAUCGAAACUCCAAAUGCCAAUCUGAACACCAUUUCUGAAUCUGAAGAUGAUGACUUGAAUAGGAGUAAGCUCAAAGCACGUCAUAUUACCACAACUGUAGAUCCACUUGAUCUGCCCUUCGUAAAAGCCGGCUACGACCAAACGGAAAUAGAGUUCCUCUAUCCAAUUGCUUCACUGACCAUUGAUUACGCGAAGAAUUUAAUUACUUUGACAUUCCGCAAAACGAAGGCUGAUGAAAAGGAGGCGCGUCGUCGCAAAUCUCUUGAUGAGAAUUUCAUGCGCUUCGGCCGCGAUUCUCCAGAUUUUAUGCGUUUUGGUCGCAAACCUUCAGAUUUUAUGCGCUUCGGAAAGCGCACACUCGAGCAGGUACCAAAAGUGAAUAGUCUCGAUAACGAGUAUAUCUACGACAAGGAUGCUGAUGCAAGUCGUCGCAUUGAACGUAGCCAAGAGGCUAUACGCGAUUCACGAGGUGACAAUUUCAUGCGCUUUGGACGAAACAGCAAUGACUUCUUGCGAUUUGGACGUGCUUCGGAGGAUUUUAUGCGCUUUGGGAGGAAUCCUUCGGACUUCAUGCGCCUUGGACGCGGAGGUUCUGAUGAUUUCAUGCGCUUCGGGCGCACGCAGAAGGAGCGACGUGGAUCCGAUAAAGAUUUCAUGCGUUUCGGACGGUCUGAUAACUUCUUGCGAUUUGGCAGAUCAUACAAUACGCCUACAGCUUCACCGAAUUUCAUUCGUUUCGGCAAACUGGACCAGAACUUUAUGCGAUUUGGUAAGAGUUUAGAUCAUCCAGUAAAGGAAAAUAGUACAAAGCCGCCGUUGCCAAAAGAAGUGAUCAAAGAAGCGGCAAAAAUUCUACACCAAGCCGAACGAUUCGGAGGAGAGGGUGAGAGCAAUCCGAUGGACCGGGCCAUCAAGGUGCUGUUCGGCAAGGAUGAACGGCAUGAAACGUCGGCGCAAGAUGACAAGGACGAGCAAAAUAAUGAAGAUGCUUCCAACGACGACAUGGCGCCCGAUUACGAGUUUAAUGUGACACAAUGAAGGGAAUAUUUUUGAGUGGUUUAUAAUCGUAUUUUUUGAUGACCAUAUGUAAAUAUCUAGAUAAUCUCUUUCAAAUUAAUUAAGUGGCAGCGGAAGUAAUGCAAACAGACACACUUAACUAAUGACAUACAUACACAAUGUUCUAUAGAAACACACACAUGUAAAGGCACAAAUAUAGUGCACAAAAAAGUGUAUAUGAAAAAAGUUCAUUCAGACAAUUGAUGUAGCUGGAUAUACAUAUGAAGUAUGUUCAGGGUGAAUUUUUAUUAGGGCUGGAUUAAAAGUUCACUUCCUGAAAGAGUUCCUUACUCUGUCUAUAUCCACACUCAUGUAUACGACGAUAUAUUGGAAUGUAAACUAUGUAUUUGUAGAAGUGGUUAAGAUUAUACACAAAAUCGAUAUAGAUAUAUAAAAUAUAUAUAUAAAUAUUUUAGCAUCAUAAAUGUACUUAAUAUACAAUACAAAAACAAAAAACAUAU